UCACAAGAAUAUGGUGCAGGAAAUGAGAGGUCACGGCUUUUCCUGCGACCUUUGCUCGGAAAGACUCUUCAGAAGACGGCAGCUGAAAACUCAGGACGAAGGCAGAGGCAGCUGCAUGUAAACAGCUCGAGAUGGAUCACUGGAGUUGGUGCUUUGUGCUGUGUUUUCUCUGUGGGAGUUUUAUCAGAGAAACACGUACUGCAUACAUAUAUGAAGAACACAGAGGCUCCCAGAGGCAUCUUCUGGUGGAGGAAGACAAAGCCAUAGGAAAUUUAACUGAGGGUGAGGCUGGCGGAGUGAAGGAAAAGCCUCCCCUAGAGUGGUCUUAUUUGGCCGCAGCGCUCGGUACAAUCCUCGCCCUCUCUCUGGUCAUCAUCGGGGUGGUCAAGUUCCGGGUCUUUCACCGCUUCCUGGCCACUUACAGACACUCCCUCCUCCUGGAGAGCGAUGGAAUCAGCCAGUACGGCCAAGAGGACGUGCCCUUUCCUAACAGUGUGUCAGGGAGAGUAGGCAUGCAGAGAGGAACGGUGAGCGAGCUGGACGACGACGACGACGACGACGGCUUCAUUGAGGACAACUACAUCCAGACCAGCGAGAAACACAGAGCAGAGAGGGAGAGGGCCGGGGGUGAACACGGGGAGGAGGAGGAGAUGGAAGACAGCGACGAUGAUCUACAGUUCACCAUAGGCUGAAGAGAAAUUAGGCUACAAUUCACAUUCACAUUUCUGUCACUGGUUCUAAACCAGAAUUUACUAGUUCAUCUCAUAUAUGCUGUUUAAACUUUACCUUGAUGUUUCUUUGAAUUCCUCCUAAUUAAUCAUGUGAUUCAACAUGAGUAAAAAAAAAAAGGGCAAGUCUAAUGGAUUUUUUCUGGCGGUUUAAUGUUUAAAGUUUAAAUAUAAAACAUUGGAACUGGGCCUGCGUUUAAUUAAGAGACCUGUAUUUAAAAAAAAAGGAAAGGUCUUGAGAUGUCAAAUGUUAAUAUUGUACACACGUUCUUUUCACUUUCACUUUCAUUACGUUGAAUCUGUAAAUAUUUUGAUCAACAUGUAUAAUAAACCUUUUUUUGUUAUU